GUGCAUGUAGAUCCAGCUGUCUUUUCAGGCUUAAUAGAGGGGGAAAUCAUUACAUUUAAUUGCACUGAAGGGAAACUGACUAUGGUGGCUGAAAGUGCAUGGCUGAAAAGCUCUGCAUCUUAUCAAUGCGGUCAAGUGGAGAUGCUUGUGAAUACCACCAGAUCAAGAGAAUUGAGAAACCACUUGCUUUCCAAAACUCCACAGCUCAGCAAGAUCUUGGCAAUGCCAACAGUUUGUCAACCAGUGCUUGUCAACCCUCCAAAAAAUGGCCUUCCAGCCUGGGAUAGGCUGGUACAUCUUCCUGACAGACAUCACAAAUGGAAUUUUGUAGAUAUAGCAGAAAAUCGCUUGUGUAGGAAAAGACAUUCCAGAAAUGAUGUGCUGAGAAAUGGACAGCAAUCUUCACAGUUUCUACAUGCUUCAGUUUGGACUAGCUCAAUAUUACAUCCAGGUCCUGCAAAAGUGAAUAUUCAAGGCAUGUCAAGUUCCCAGGAGUACAAUAUAGAAGAAAAAAAAUGUAAAGGAUACAUACCCAGUUACUUAGACAAGGACGAGCUAUGUGUAGUAUGUGGUGACAAAGCCACCGGGUAUCAUUAUCGCUGCAUCACUUGUGAAGGAUGCAAGGGAUUUUUUAGAAGAACCAUUCAGAAAAAUCUCCAUCCAACCUAUUCCUGUAAAUAUGAAGGAAAAUGUGUGAUAGACAAAGUAACAAGAAACCAGUGUCAAGAAUGUCGCUUCAAAAAAUGUAUCUAUGUUGGCAUGGCAACAGAUUUGGUGCUGGAUGACAGCAAGCGGUUAGCAAAAAGGAAGCUGAUAGAAGAGAACCGAGAGAAGAGACGUCGGGAGGAGCUACAAAAAACAAUUGGGCACAGACCCGAGCCAACAGACGAGGAAUGGGAGCUGAUAAAAAUUGUCACUGAAGCGCAUGUGGCCACCAAUGCACAAGGAAGUCACUGGAAACAAAAAAGGAAAUUUCUGCCAGAAGAUAUUGGGCAAGCGCCAAUGGUUAACGCCCCAGAAAGUGGGAAAGUGGAUUUAGAAGCCUUCAGCCAGUUUACAAAAAUUAUCACACCAGCAAUUACAAGAGUGGUGGAUUUUGCCAAAAAGUUGCCUAUGUUUUGUGAGCUGCCAUGUGAAGACCAGAUAAUCCUUUUGAAAGGCUGCUGUAUGGAGAUUAUGUCCCUCCGAGCAGCAGUGCGCUACGACCCCGAGAGUGAGACUUUAACACUAAAUGGGGAGAUGGCAGUGACAAGGGGUCAGCUGAAAAACGGGGGUCUUGGCGUAGUGUCUGAUGCCAUCUUCGACCUGGGCAUGUCGCUGUCCUCAUUUAACCUGGAUGACACGGAGGUCGCCCUGCUCCAGGCUGUGCUGCUCAUGUCAUCAGAUCGCCCAGGUCUCCUCAGUGUUGAGAGGAUAGAAAAAUGUCAAGAAGGUUUCCUCCUGGCCUUUGAACACUACAUUAAUUACAGAAAACACCACGUUGCACACUUUUGGCCAAAACUGCUGAUGAAAGUGACAGAUCUACGAAUGAUUGGCGCCUGCCACGCCAGCCGCUUCCUGCACAUGAAGGUGGAAUGCCCCACGGAACUCUUUCCCCCAUUGUUCUUGGAAGUGUUUGAGGAUUAGAAAGACUGGAGUGGUUCUCAGAAUUCCUAUAGCACUACUGGCUGUCAUUUCAUUCCAUUGCCUAGCUCUUCUUCUGUUCUUUUUGUUUUGUUUUGGUUUGUUUGUUUCUUUUUUUUUUUUGUAUAGACAUUGAUGAAAAUGUCCCUUUAAUGCGGGUACUUGUGACUAUUGCUUUUUGUCCUUCAGUCCCUUGAUGUGAAUGCUUUGACAGCGAAAACACAAACAAACCAAUCUUGAUCACCAGCACUUAAGUGGUCACCAGCUCACAUCCAUCACUGCUUGGGGAAAUGGGGAGAUAAAAUUGAAGUGGCAGAAAAUAAACAGGCCUCCAAGGCAAAGCACUUUGCCCUGCCUUUUUCCCAGUAUUACCUCAUUUUGCAAGCCACAAGUGAGAUACAGUGUCUAGUUUUCCAUGGUCAUUCUAAGAGUAACCAUUACCAUUGUGACCUAAGAAUACCAUAAUCACUGUGAUUGCAUCACAUCCUUGGGAUUAUUACAUGAGUCAUAAAUAUCUGUGUCCUCUACAAUCAAAUAUUUUUUCAAAUCACAGUGGGGAGGAGGGGUUGAUAUAUUUUUUUUCAUUUGUACAAAAUGAGGGCAAAAUCCUCUGCCCUUGCUCAGUUAAAACUCUAGAUGACUUCAGUGAGAGGUCUACUGGAAUAAAUACUGAGGGCUUGAUCCUGUGAGGUGUUGAGCUCUUCCAACAGGUGUGGGGAGCCCUCAACUCAGGUUGACUGCAGGAGAGGAGGUGAAGGGGGAUGUCACAUCAACAUCCAAGUGGCACUGGAAGGGAUGGGCACUCGGCAGGUCUUGGUAUGCACUCAGCACUCUGCAGGAAUGGGUCUUUUAUCCUGGCUGCAGGAUUUGCCCAGGGUUAUGCAAAGAUACAAAUGAUCACAGGGAGAAAAACAUGAUUAUGAUGAACUCCAAAUAGGAUAGAAACCUACCCUAUUACUAGUUAUGCUCCAGACUGUACAGCUUUAUCCCAGUAACAUGUAGAGUAUGUCUUGAGAGUAAUCUCUGAUAGAUAAAUACAAAGGAAACUUCAGCAUCUGUCUUAAACACA